AUGGGAGAUCAUUAUGGCUUUUCGUUGACAACUUUCAGUCCAUCUGGAAAGUUAAUGCAAAUUGAGUAUGCUUUGAAUGCUGUUAAGAAUGGACAGCCUUCAGUCGGAUUGAGAGCUAAGGAUGGUGUUGUCCUGGCCACCGAAAAUGUUUCUUCCGUUUUGUGCGAUGAACAAGCUAAAAUCGAAAAGAUCAGCAAGCAUAUUGGCUGUGUCUACAGUGGAAUGGGAGCAGAUUUUAGAAUUCUUGUCAACCGUGGCAGAAAAAUUGCUAUGGAAUACGAGCUCAUGUAUGGAGAAGAAAUCCCCACAACUCAGUUAGUUACUAGCCUCGCUGCGGUUAUGCAGGAAUACACUCAAUCCGGAGGAGUACGACCAUUCGGAGCUUCUCUGCUUAUCGCUGGUUGGGAUAAGAAACCCGGAACACCUUUACUUUUCCAAAGCGAUCCAUCGGGUGCAUAUUUCGCAUGGAAAGCAACUGCUCUUGGAAAGAAUGAUGUUAACGCUAAAACAUUCUUGGAGAAAAGAUUUUCUGAAACUCUUGAGUUGGAUGAUGGUAUUCACACUUCUCUUCUUACUCUCAGAGAAUCAUUCGAUGUUGGCAUGACUGAAGAUAACGUUGAGGUUGCCGUUUGUGACGCUAAUGGAUUCCGUCGUUUGACCAAGCAGCAAGUGAAAGAUCAUUUGGGAGCUCUUUAA